AUGAAUUCCAAUGAUAUUUUUGAUGCCCUCAAUGAGAGUUAUGACGAGUCAUUAUUUUCAAUGGACGAUACUGACUCUGAUCCAAAUUUUGAUCCUGUAGGAAUCAGUGAUUCAGAUAUAGAUCCAGAAGGCAUUUCAGAGGGUGACUUAAAUGUUGAUAUACCAACCCAAACAUCAACAAAUAUUCUACCAGAUUUAAAAAAUUUGACAUGGGGCCCAGCAGAUAAUGAUUUACAUGAUUUUACAUUUAAUCCUGAUGGAUUAGAUAUUGGAAUUAAUGAUGAUAUUUUAUGUACACUUAACAACGGAACACCUAUUGAUUUUUAUUAUUUAUUUAUUGAUGAUGAAGUUAUAUCAUUAAUUGUCACUGAAACAAACAGGUAUGCAAAUAAAAAGUUAGCUUCACCAAACAUAAAAAGACAUUCUAGAUUACAAAAAUGGAUUGACACCAACGAAUCAGAAAUAAAAAAUUUCCUUGGAAUCAUAAUGUAUAUGGGUACAGUAAACAUGCCAACUAUUGCUAGUUAUUGGACAUCGUCUCAUUUGCUAACUUCUCACUUAAGCCAUAUUAUGAGUCGUAACCGAUUUGAACUACUAUUAUCUCACAUACAUUUUCAAAAUAAUGAUGUCGCUAACCUAAAUAACAGACUUUAUAAGAUUCAAAAUAUUUUAGAUUUGUUAAAUCAAAAAUUUAAACAAUGGGUUAUUCCAUCACAUGAUAUGUGUAUUGAUGAAUCAAUGAUAGCUUUUCAAGGUCGCCUUGUUUUUAAACAAUAUAUUCAAACAAAACGAUAUAGGUAUGGAGUUAAAGUUUUUAAACUGUGUGUUAGUCCAUGCUACACACUCAAGUUCAAGAUUUAUUCUGGUAAAGAAUCUGUGGUUGACAAAAAUGAUAGUGUUUCUUCCAGAAUUGUUAUGAACCUUGUAGAUGAGUAUUUAGAUUUUGGGCGCACACUUUAUGUAGACAAUUGGUAUACUAGUGUUUCCUUAGCACAUCAACUUCUUGAACGAAAAACACAUUUAGUUGGAACACUCCGUUCAAAUAGAAAGUAUAAUCCUGACUAUGUUAUCAAAAAAAAUUAA